UAUGCGGGGAUUCUUUACGUUUGCCAAAUAGUUUAUUAGCUUCUCUUCUAUUAAAACUCAACAAAUGAAAGUAUCAAUCAGAUUGUAAGCAUAAAUUUAAUUUGAAUUUAGAGUCAAUUAAUCAAUUAAUGGAUAAUUUAGAUUAUGUUCCACUUUAACAGCACUUAGAAUGUCUAAUUUGUAUGGAAUAUGCUAAACAUCUUCAAUUGAAGAAGUUGAUAAUGGUAAUAUUGUCUGAAUACUUAGAAUCUGAAUUAGAUAUUCACAUUUCUCAGCUUUUGUCAUUGUCUCUAAAAGCAGAACAACAAACGAUACAUACAAGCAUUUGAUU